AUGGCCAACCACGGACCCAUUUAUGGAUUUAGUAGGUAUGUUCAAAACAAGAUUGAGAAGAAAUAUGAACCUGAACUGGAGGAGCGGCUAGUGAAAUGGAUUAUUGCUCAAUGUGGGUCAGAUGUCGGACAACCAGAGCUGGGUAGAGUGGGUUUCCAAUCAUGGCUUAAGGAUGGCACUGUACUCAGCCAGCUGAUCAACAGCCACUAUGCUGAGAACAAGAAACCAAUAAAGAAGAUUUGGAACACUGACAAGGCCUUCAAACAAAUGGAACAGGUUUCAGAAUUUCCGAAAGCUGCUGAGAGAUAUGGUGUCAACAAGACAGACAUCUUCCAGACUGUGGAUCUUUGGGAAUCUAAAGAUUUGGCUGCAGUACAAAGAACCCUCAUGGCUUUGGGAAGUAUUGCAGUAACAAAGAAUGAUGGGUAUUACCGUGGUGAUCCAAGCUGGUUUCACAAGAAAGCACAAGAGAACAAACGUGAGUUUACGGAGGAACAACUACGCCAGGGACAGAACAUCAUCAGCUUACAGAUGGGAAGUAACCAAGGAGCAUCACAGGCUGGAAUGGCUGGCUAUGGACUUGCCAGGCAGAUUAUCAGCUAA